AUGGAUUCAAAUGGACGUUUUUCAUACUGGUGUUAUAAGUGUGGUAAAUUUGUUAGAGAAUUCUUAGGUGUUUGUCUUGAAUGUGAAUCUGAGUUUAUAGAAGAAAUUGAAACUCCAUCUCUAUCCACACAUACUGAAUCCAUAAAUUUGUCAAGUGAUAAUACAAAUUAUAGGUUUCAUCUACGAAAACGUAAAAAUCAUCCUCGUAGUUUCAAUACCGCGAUCAUUAUUAGAGGAGGUGAUGGUGUUAAUGACGGAGAAAGAGGUAGUGAUUAUGAACUUUAUUAUGAUGAAGGUUCAGGUCUUCUGCUACCAUGUUCAUCAGCUGUGCAAGAUAGCUUGAGGGAUGUAGGAUAUGUUCUCACUCGAUUGGCACAUACCCAAACUGACGGUCCAUGUCAACGAGCAUCAAAAGCAGUAGUAGAAUCUACGCCGGUUAUUGAGAUUAGUGAUUGCCAUGAAUCACACUGCGGGGUUUGCCACAAAGUUUUCGAGCUUGGAUCAGAAUAUAGAGAAAUGCCUUGUAAACAUAUAUACCAUACGGAUUGUAUACUUCCAUGGCUUUCGUUAAAAAACUCUUGUCCUGUCUGUCGACAUGAAUUACCUAUUGAUAUGGAUGGUGGGCUUAACAUACCUGGUGCACCUAGGAUACUAUUAUUGGAGUUGGUAAUAAUAAAUGGUGUGUAUGAUCGGUCUAGUUCUACGAUCAGGAAUGUAUUCCGAAAUAUGUUCCCGACGAAGUUCGUCUCCCUCGCCGUCUCAUUCAAGCAGGUACUGGGAAUUGGUUGA